AUGAAGUUCAGCAGCCGUCUCUCUGCGCGCUACAUCUCUACACUCUGCCUUUUUGUCACAGGCAUUUACGGCCAAUUCGCCGAAAGACCCAAUGCAAUCGAUACGGGGAAUACUGUUUGUAUAGGAGCUUGCGUGACGAGCUUACAUGAAUUGAGAUGCGAGACUCCUUCCGUGCCCUUGUACCGACCAGGGAAAGAGUGCUUCGCUUGCUGUAUUUCGGAUGACCAUGCGGAUGAUUGGGCGGAUCACAUCAAGUGGGGAGAUGAGGAGGAACAUCCAGAGGAGAAGUCGAGAUCGGGUCACUGA